UGUAGUGUGUGUAGCACUGACAGUGGUAAUCGCUUAGUGUUGUUUAGUAUACGUUAUACACUCCCAACGGGCAACGGAAAUCGGUUUCUGAUGGUUUGCCGCGCUGUUCAUCGCGAUUGUUGCUUCGCGUCUACUUAUGAUUGUUAAAUAUUAUUAUGGGAUCGUAAAUACAGGCAUCUUCGCCCACGCAAAAGGUUUUAUCCAAUCCACUGUCCCCAAGAAACACUUUUGAAUUAAAUGCUUAGUGCCCUAUGCCGCCAAUAAAUUGAUCAUCUAGCAGUGACCAUGUUUCGCUGCAUACCAAUAUUCAAAGGCUGCAAUAGGCAGGUUGAAUGUGUUGAUAAAAGACACAGUUCGUUAAGUUCAGUACCCGAAGAAAUCCUGAGGUAUGCCAGGAGUCUGGAAGAACUAUUAUUAGAUGCUAAUCACUUAAGAGAACUCCCUAAGAAUUUUUUCCGACUACAAAGGUUGCGUAAGCUCGGGCUGAGUGAUAACGAAAUCCAUCGUCUUCCACCUGAAAUACAAUACUUUGAAAACUUAGUCGAACUAGAUGUUUCACGAAACGACAUACCUGAUAUACCAGAUGAAAUUAGAAGUUUGAGGCUCUUACAAGUGGCUGACUUCAGCAGUAACCCGAUACCAAAAUUACCAUCUGGAUUCUCACAACUACAUAAUCUCACAACUUUAGGUCUUAAUGACAUGUCCUUAAGUAAUUUACCAGCUGAUUUUGGACUGUUAGUCAAUUUAAAAUCUCUUGAAUUGCGAGAAAAUCUUUUGACAUCUCUACCCUUAUCACUAUCACAAUUAACUCGAUUAGAACGUUUAGAUUUAGGUGACAAUGAAAUAGAUCAUUUACCACAUCACAUAGGUAACCUUCCAGUACUUCAAGAACUAUGGUUAGAUCAUAACCAUUUACAACAUUUACCGGCGGAAAUAGGAAAUCUGAAACAGUUAACCUGUUUAGAUGUCUCUGAAAAUCGUUUAGAAAAUAUACCUGAAGAAAUUGGAGGUUUAGAAAGUUUAACUGACCUGCAUUUAUCUCAAAAUGUAAUUGAAAUCCUGCCGAAUGGAAUUGGAGAACUUAGUCGUCUUAUGAUCCUUAAAGUUGACCAAAAUCGUUUGACUAUUUUAAAUGAUAAAAUUGGAUGCUGUGAAAAUCUCCAGGAACUUAUCUUGACGGAAAACUUUUUGGUUGAACUACCAUCUAGUAUUGGUAGACUUAUAAAUUUAACAAAUCUAAAUGUUGAUCGCAAUAGUCUUCAUAGUUUACCUAUUGAAAUAGGGAAUUUAAACCAAUUAGGAAUUUUAUCAUUACGUGAUAAUAAAUUACAAUAUUUGCCUAAUGAAGUAGGAAAUUGUUUUGAAUUGCAUGUUUUAGAUGUUUCUGGAAACAAUUUACAAUAUUUACCAUUUUCUCUGGCUAGUUUAAAUUUAAAAGCUGUUUGGUUGUCCAAAAACCAAGCUCAACCAAUGCUCAAUUUUCAAACUGAUGAAGAUGAAAAAACAGGAGAGCAAGUUUUAACUUGUUUUCUAUUGCCUCAGCUUGAAAUUAGAGGGGAAACAAAUGGCUUGAUCACUGGUGACUAUGACCAAUCAUUGUACUCACCUCCAGAUGAUGAAACCAGUGAAAAUGAAGAUAAUGAAUGGGAAAAUAAGGCCAAUUCAAGAACUACGUCUGUUCAAUUUACUGGUGAUAUUAAGACUGAACCAAGUACAAAUACAUCAUUUGUACGACAUAAUACACCACAUCCUAAAGAGUUAAAAGCUAAAGCUACUAAACUUUUUGGUAAAACCAAAAGUAAUGAAAACAGUUUAACUGACAGCCAAAAAGAAGACGACUCAUAUGAAAAAUACAAUAUUAAUGAAGUAAAUAGUGAUAAAUAUACUGAAGAAAUUAAUUCACAUGUUGAGAAUAGUAAUACUUUAGAAGAUGAAAAUAAUUUUGAGGAAAAAAAUGUAGUAUUUCAUCCAUCUUCCAACUUUGAUGCUGAUAUUCAAAAUAGGCCCAUGAAACUACAUAGAAGAGACACUCCUCAUCAUUUAAAAAACAAAAGGAUUACAAUUGAUUCUAGUUUAAUUGAACAACAGGAGGCUCAAUUGACUAAUAACGAAAACAUGUCAAAUUCCUUAUCUGAAGAUAAGAGUACUGUACUAUUUCCCACUCCACCUGAGUCUUUAGUUGAUCAAACUGUUCUUGAUGGUGAAAUGGUUGGUAAAGAAGAACUCAUGGAAGUUCGUAUCGAAAGAACAUCAGCAGGUUUAGGGCUAUCAAUAGCUGGUGGUAGAAAUUCUACUCCAUUUAAAGGAAAUGAUGAAGGAAUAUUUGUUUCUAGACUUACACCAGAUGGACCUGCUGAUUUAGCUGGACUAAGAGUUGGUGAUAAAGUUCUAUCUGCAAAUGGUCAUUCAUUAAUUGAUGUUGAUCAUUACACUUCUGUUGAAAUUUUACGAUCCUGUGGUUCGGUUUUAGUUCUUGAAAUAUUGAGAGAAAUUAAUCCUCAACCUAAGGAAUGGGCCAUACAUGUUCCAGGAGAAUCAACAUCAUCUAGUGUAAGCAAUAGUCGAGCUCCUAGUGUUAUUUCACAUCACACCAACUAUGAAAACACAAAUGGCCAUUCCCUUGAAAGAAAUCGAAAAACUCCAGAGUUGUUAAAAGAUUUAGAUACAACAAAAAAGCAAUUAGUGUAUACAACCCUUAUAAGAGAUCAAAAUGGUCUUGGAUUUAGCAUUGCUGGAGGCAAAGGAUGUACUCCUUUUAAGGAUAACUCUGAAGCCAUUUUUAUUUCACGAAUUACGGAAGGUGGUGCUGCUGAAAAAGAUGGUAAAUUACAAAUGGGAGAUCGAGUUAUUUCGAUUAAUGGCAUUGAUGUGACUGGUGCUCGUCAUGAUCAAGCUGUAUCUAUGUUAACUGGUCUUGAACGUUUUGUACGACUUGUAUGUGAACGUUCAGUUGAUAUCCGAUAUUCAGACUCUGAAUCACAUCACUCAUUAUCACCAAGUGCUAUACCUACCAAAUCUCGUUCAUAUAUAUCUCCUAAAACGCCACCACCUGCGCCACCGCAAACCCCACCUAAACCAGCACCUAGAAAAUUGGCAUCACAAUCAUCAAUAAGUUCAGAAACUGAAAGCGUACAACAAAAGCCAUUGACAAAUGAAGACUUUGAAGCUAUGAUUCCUCAACGUUUUCAAAAGUUGAACAAGAGACAGGUUGAUGAUCAACCUGUAGCUGUUGUAACAACAUUGACAAUUAAAAAACCUGUUAGUUUGAAUGGCAUAGAGUUUAAUGAAAGUCCUACAACAUUAGGCCGAGUUACUGAGACUAUAACCAAAAGUACAUUUACUGAAACUGUUGUGACUAGAGUAACUGACAAUACUCUUGCUGAAUCUAUUAUUAUUGAGAACGUCACUUUAGUUAAAGAAGGCGGAUCUUGGGGCUUUAGUAUUAUAGGUGGCACAGACCAUCCAUGUAUACCAUUUGGACAACAAGAACAUGGAAUAUUCAUUUCUCAUAUUGUUCGAGGUGGAAUAGCAGAGUGUUCUGGAAAAUUGCGAAUGGGUGACCGUCUAUUAAAAGUUAAUGAUGAAGAUGUAACUAAAAUGACUCAUCAAGAUGCUGUACUUACUCUUUUAAAACCAACUGAAGAAAUUACUUUAACUGUUCAACAUGACCCUCUUCCAGAAAAUUUUCAAGAAUUAACAAUUGUUCGAGAAGCUAAUGAAAAACUUGGUAUGCAUAUUAAAGGAGGCCUUCGUGGACAUCGUGGUAAUCCAUUGGAUAAAAGUGAUGAAGGUGUAUUCAUAUCUAAAAUUAAUUCUGGAGGUGCUGCUAAACGAGAUGGCCGAUUAAAGGUGGGAAUGCGUUUAUUAGAAGUAAAUGAUAUAUCAUUACUAGGAGUUACCCAUCAAGAAGCUGUUAACUGUCUACGUACUGCUGGUCAAAAAAUUCAUAUGAUUGUUUGUAAGGGUUAUGAUAAAGCAGAAAUUGAUAGGCUAGUUAAUGAAGGAAAACUCAGACGAGAAAGUAGAUCAAUUUCUCAAAGCGUUUCAAGCUUAGAUAGAGAUGAUGAAGAUUCUGAAGUCUUUAAACAAGAAAUGGAAAUAAAAAAAGAAUUGGCUGAGUGGGAAAAUCAAGAAAAAUUAAUCAAAGAAGAACUAGAAAGUAUGGAAAUUGAUGAAGCCAGAGAAAAAUCUACUCAAGAAAAGGUAUUGGAUGUGGUACGUGCUGCUGAAAUGUUAACAUUCAACUCAACCGAAUCUAAUACUGUGAAGCCUAAAUCACCUGGUGGUCCAAAAUCAGGUGACAGCUUAAAAACAACCACUGUUGUAAUGAGUAAACAUACUUUAGCCCCUCAAACUGAUCAAGUAGUUGUUCAGAAACAGCUUAAAACAACGCCUAUAAUUGAUUUAAUCCCUAAGAAAUCCUCAUUAAUGAAAAAUCCUAAUCGUGUGUCUACCAAACGCAUACAUUUCCAGGAUUCUCCUACUCUUGUCAAUAAAAUUUAUCCUCUCCGUACUCUUAUAGUAGAACAACCUGUUCCUAAUCAUGUAGAAAUGGUACCUUAUGUUACUAAAGUAAACAUAGUACCUAUUCAACAAUUUCAAACUCCAAUAUUUACUGAUAUAGAAAGUAACUCUUCUUUAGAAACUACACAAUCACUAGACCCUCCUCCUGUAAAUUAUUCUACACAUCCAUCCUUGCAGUCUACUCCUCAUUGGUUGGAUGUUUAUAAUGAUACCCCAUCGCUUUUGACUUAUUACAAUACGGCUAAUCCUAGUGAGCAAACGUCUAGUCCUAAAGCGUCAGUAAGUGACAAAAAAAAGUUUUUUGAGAAAGCAAUGGAAGAACAUCAUAAUCCAAGCCCAAAACCUGAAAGGAUAUUCAGUUUUUUAAGUCAAGAUGAAGUUGAAAAAAUGAAACAGGAAGAAGAGCAAAAAAUGGGUACUUUGAUAAAACAAAAAAUAAAUCCUCAUAAAAAAUUUAUUGAAGAAGAUGAUUUUGAUGAAGAUGAUGGAGCAUUGGUGUACAAAAACGAACUUAAUGUUGGUUCUGAUAAUCAAAAACCACCCAAUUCUGAUAUGUGUGUACGGACAGCUAAAGCAGAAAAAAGACUUAAAGAUCGACUUAAUCAAGAUGGUGUUUCAUUCAAUGAUGAUAAAGAAUUGUCACCUGCUGAACAACGUGCACUAAAUGCUGAAAAAAAAGCUGCUUGGCGCCAAGCAAGAUUAAAAUCAUUGGAACAAGAUGCUUUACAAGCACAAAUUGUUAUUAAAGAAUUAAGUGAAAUAACUGAAAGCAAAUCAACUAAUGGUGAUAUUGAGAGUGAAAAGUUCAGCACUAUAAAUAAUGAAUAUAUUGAGAAUAAACCAUUGGAGUGCUUGAGACCAACAAGCGAGGAUUUUCCCCGCCUGCGCCUGCGCGAGUCCCCUGUCCAGACCAAGGUAUCCGAACGAGAGACAGUCGUCGGCGAGAGCAUAUCCUUACGCACCGAGCAGUAUGUUGAUCAGUCUGGUCAACUGAAAGUCAGAACCAUCGAAGUUGUUGAAAAAGUCAUUGAAAAAGAGGUUGAGACAACAAAAGAAAAAAUAGUAUCAUUGGAAUUAAGUACACCUGAAGCAGAAUUUUCAUCAAAAAUAUUACAUGAUAACGAUGAUGAUGAUGAUGAUGUUAUUGAAAAAAAAACUGCUAAUAAUGCUUCAGGAAAAAAAAGACGUAGAAAACGUACUAAAUCUACAGAAAAACAGUCUUCUUAGAACUUGUAAUAUGUAGUCUUUAAUAAAUUUAUAUUUAAAAUAGAUAAAUCAUAUCUCAUUCCUAUAUUAUUUAAAGUAUUACUAGAUUUAAAAAAUUGUGAUUACUAGUUACAUAUAUAUUUUUUGUAAUUCUAUUUUCUUUUUUUAAACCCCCUAAAUUUCUUUAAGGACCAAAUUUUUUACAAGUAUUAUUCUUUAAUUCUUUAAUUCUUUAGUGACAAUGUUUUAGUUACUGUUUUAAGCAAUGUCACUAGUUACUAUAUUGUAAUUACAUACAAUUUAUUGAUAACCAUAUUUUUAUAUUUUAUAAUAUUUACAU